AUGUGCAAAAAAAGAACCGUAUUCAAAUCAAGAGUUGUCGGUAAAAUUGGUGAUUUAAUCUUGCCACGGUUCUUCUCUUUUCCUUCUUUCUUUCUUUCUUUCUUUCUUAAUGCUGACUCUUCCUUUCUUUCUUUCUUUCUUUCUUUCUUUCUUAGUGCUUAUGUAUUCUUUUUCUUUUUACUUCUCAGUCUUCCUUUCUUUCUUUCUUUCUUUCUUUCUUUCUUAAUGCUAACGUAUUCUUUUUCUUUUUACUUCUCAUUCUGCUACAAAGAUAUUAUAGUGAAAAUUGUAACCCUUCACUCUUUUUGUCUUUUUCCUUCUUUCUUUUUCUUUCGUUUCUUUAAAUUUCUUUUUAUCAUUCAUUCUGCCCCUCCCUUUUCUUCAUUAUCUUUCUCUUACUUCUUUCUUUCAUUCUUCGUAUCCAUUUUUCUUCUUGUCAUUUUCCUUUUUAUACUUUCUUUUUUUUCCGUUUUCAUCCUUUUUCAAUUCUCUUUGUCUUUUCUUUCAUUUCCUUUUUUUUUUUUUUUCGCUUUUAUUUUUCUUUUUUUAUCGUUCUUUUUAAACUAA